UCCGCGAAACAGGAGAUGAACGUACUAAUCGUUAAAACUACAAGAAAUGUUUUGGAAACGCAUUUCACGAAUAGAAGGUCUACGUCCGCCUCUACAGUCGGACCAUUUAAAGAAAGAAUGAAAGCGUUCUGGCAUUUGAUUGCGGCGGCGGUCGUCAUCCUGUUUCAUCCGGUAGCCACCCAAGCUCCUCAGACAGCGGCUACUGCGGCAUCUUUAAUCACGCAUGCCGACAUAAGGGACGCAAUUUUGACGCUUGUCGGUGCAGUCAGAGAACAGACUGGUAAGCUCGAACGUCACGAAUUGCGUGAGAGACAACUAGGAGAUGCCCUGACACGCGCUCUCCGAGAACACGAUACAAGAACACGAGGCCAGGAUAAAAAUCUGGAGAAUCUGGCGAUCUUGAUGGCACGUACCGAUGAAAGGCUUCGCAAAAUGGAAGAGAUGGUCAUUCAGAGAGACGAGAGAGAGAGGAUUCAACUACAGAAGAUUACGGAUAAUACUGUGGCUAUCCGCAAUGGAAUCGAAUCGGGUAAAAUCAGUAGCCCUGCUAGCAGUGCCCCAGCUCCAGCAACCCAUUCAGUUGGAGAAUUAAACGAAGUUUUGAAACAGCUGACCCGUACUCGUAAAAAAGUCGAAAGUGUCGAAGAAGCCUUGCAGAAUCGUCUGUCUGUCGUGGCUAAUGAAGUGAAAAUUGUCGGAGAGAAAUAUGAAACGCGUAGCGAGAGACUAGAAAGUUUGCAAUUGACCACCAUGGAGAACUUGGGUAAAGCUCAAGCUGGAGAUGCCGAGAAACUGCGGGCAGCUUCCGUCAAUCUCGUAGCGACGGAAGGCAAAUGGCGACAGUUUUUCAGCGACGCCCAGAAUUUGGUUAACCAAUUUGGUGUCGGUGUCAACCGCAUCUCAGAUCACGCUAGCCGGAUGAAAAACGAUACUUCAGCCAUCUUAGUUGGGAUAGAGAAACUGGAAACCUCUUUGGAGAAUGCAGUCAGCUCGGCUUCCGGAUCCAGCAUCAAUUCUGAAUCACUUAUUUCCGCUAUUCAAAUUCAUCUGAAGCCAACUCUUGAUGCUGUCCAUUCUUUAGUCAAUGAAACACACCGUUCACAGAUCAAAUUAGACGAUAGCUUCAGAGAAGGUUGGGAAUCCCUGUCACGCGGGAUUGACAAGAGUGUGGUGAACGUCACUGAUGUCUUCGAAACUCGUCUCGCCACGUUUGAAAACAAGAUGAGCGAAAGUCAGAAGCUCAUCCAAGAUCAAGUGGAAGAAUCAGGAAAUAUGGCUGAAACAUUGGCUGAUAGAGUGGACAAGAGUUACGCUGGCCUUGCUAAAGAGAUCAACGGCCUACAGAAAGUGGAACAAGUUCUUUUAGAUACGGCUGAUGGAGUUCUGGAUACGAAACGACGUCUCGAAUUUGCUGUCCAACAAAUCUUGCUCGAACUUGGUGACUCAAUUCGCAGACAAACGGGCGAUCUGAACUCGACUCUAGCGCGCAAGGUUGACGAUGUCACUUUCUCUGUCAUUAAAGAUCAAAGCACUGCGCUAACCAAUAUGACGAGUAAACUAGAAAACGAACUGGGACAGGUGUGGCGACAGAUUGGUGUAUUAUACCAAAGUGCCAGUCAAUCGCAAGAAUUGUUGCAGCGUGUCGAACAACAGACGGCCCAGCAUGUUGGUGGCAGUCUUCAAGCCUUGAGCAGCAUGGACAAACGAGUUGGCCAGGUGACUGAACGAGUCAAUGAAGUUGACGAUCAUUUAAACUACCUGCUCGGCCGCUUGUCACUUGUUGUCCAGGAAUUCAAUCAAGUUAGAGGUGGAUUGGGCGAGGCUCUUGAGUCACUUCGUUCAGGACUUGCAGUCACAGGUCAACAGUCGAAUUCAGCGGGCGGUAAAGCUUCUUCACCUCCAUAUGACGUGUCUAGCGGUGCACCCAACCCAGAAGACGUUACCAUUCUCACGCGUAAAGAGAAUAUUAAUAACGACAGUGACGAGAAUUGAUGUUUCAAAGUCUUGGCUGAAUCAUAGACUUUAGUAUCGAUCUUCAUGACAAAAUCGGAAUCAGUAGAAGUGCUAGAGAUUUAAUUUAGUUUUAUUUUGAUGUAGUUAUAACUUACAUUUCGAAACAAACACAUGCAAUCAAUACAGUGCCUAUUGGCAGAGUUAGCCACUCUGAUAGCAAAGAGUGAUUCUCAUCGUACGCCACCGAAUAAAAUUACCACCCCUUUUUUAAAAUUUUUAUUCCUGUCAUUCAAACAAUCACAGAAAUGCAGUCCACAUCCAUUUCCAAAAGCGAAUGACCGGUUGUCGAAUUUUGCAUCUUUUAACGCAUAAUUAAGUUGUUCCUGCUGUGCUUGUCGACUGGAUACGUAGCCCAGUCUGCCUUUUCUAUUUCCCCAAUCAAAUGUGAAAUGUACACUCGUUGUCAAAACAAAAAAUACAUUAGAUACACAUUUGUA